GUCUAUUACUAGUGCAUAGCAAGUAUAUUGAUCCACAAACUUUUGCAUGAUAUGUUUGAAAGGCUCAUUGCUGAGGCUUCUUUCAACACAGUUAAAUUCGGAUUGGAUAACAACGAAAAUCCGCAUUUGCAGCUUGUAGUUGAGUGAACAAAGACAGAGUGCUGGAAAGUUGGUCAGUUGGUGGAUAGGCAAUCCUUCGAAAAUAAUAAUUAGGAGAUCGCCAAAGACGUUUCAAGUAUCAUAUCUGAAAUCCAAAAAGUAGAAUGCAAUCCUAAGUGGCUAUCCUACUAAAGGCUACACAAUGUCGUCACCAGGAGUAAGUAGUAAAGGCAGCUGGGGAAGUCAACUGGAGUUUAUUCUGACGUCUAUUGGUUGUGCUGUAGGUCUAGGCAAUGUGUGGAGAUUCCCAUACCUGACUUAUACCAGCGGUGGAGGGGCUUUUCUGGUGCCAUACUUUAUUUGUCUGGUUUUAAUUGGCAUCCCUUUAUUCUGUAUUGAUAUCAGUUUUGGACAGUUCACCAGUUUAGGGGCAAUCGCUGCAACUGGGCGACUUUGUCCUAUAUUCAAAGGUCUGGGGAUGUCGAUGGUGUGUAUUAUGACUAUUAUAAUGUUGUACUAUAGUGUAGUAAUAGCCACUUGUUUCCAGUAUCUCUUCGCAUCACUCACCAGUUAUCUGCCAUGGUCGGACUGUUUAAACGAAUGGAACACAUGCAACUGUAGAGUCAAUAAGAACGAUACAGGGUAUCUCAAUAAUACUUAUAUAAAUUGUGAUGGCUAUAUUCCUAGUAAAACUAUUUCAGCUGGAGAAGAAUAUUACACGAACCAUGUUCUGGGCUUGUCACCUAGCAUAAGUGUAGCAGGGUCAGUACAAUGGAGGCUAUGUUUAAGUCUAUUGUUUACAUGGUUCGUCGUUUUCUUAGUUCUUAUCAAGGGAGUUAAAUCUAUCGGCAAGGCAGUGUAUGUGUUUACCAUUCUACCCUACAUUCUACUGACAGUAUUAUUGAUAAGGGGGGUAACUCUUACCGGAUAUCAAGACGGUAUCGCCUAUUACCUUAAUCCUAAAGUAGAACUGCUGGCCGAGCCUUCGACAUGGUCGGACGCAGCCGUUCAGAUUUUCUACUCCACUAGUACAAGUAGUGGAGCGUUGAUAGCUAUGUCUAGUUUUAAUAGUUUUAAAAAUAAUACAUUUAGAGAUUCGCUACUGAUUCCUAUAGUCAAUGCCUUGACCAGUUUCUAUGGAGGGUUCGCUACAUUCGCUAUACUUGGAUUCAUGGCCAACGAACAAGGCGUUCAAGUACCGGAUGUUACCACUCAAGGACCUGGAUUGGCGUUUGUUGUGUAUCCUGAAGCUUUGUCCAAGAUGCCUGUGGCCCCUCUCUGGUCGUUUUUGUUCUUUCUAAUGAUGGUUUCACUUGGGAUUAGUUCUAUGCUGACUGGUGUGGAAACGUUUAAUAUGUCAAUAAUGGACGCAUAUCCUAAGUAUCUAGUACAUUAUAGAAGCUACUUACUCAGAGGUGGUGUUUGUUGCAUUGGUUUCCUGUUGGGAAUUGCUCAAAUUACUCAGGGUGGAAGUUAUAUUACCAAUUUAUUAGAUACAUAUAUUGGUGGAUUCCCUCUGUUGGUGGCUGGACUCUUUGAAAUAAUAGUUAUCAUUUACAUUUAUGGUCAUAAAAGGUUCUCCUCAGAUAUAGUAAUGAUGGUUGGAGAAAAUAUGUUUACUAAAUAUAUCUAUAAAGGUUAUUUCGUGUGGUGUUGGUUGAUAAUCACACCUGCUGCAAUCUUCGCAUGUAUUAUAUCAAAAUGUAUCGACUACGAAUCAAUUGUUGAUGAACCAGUGUAUCCCGGAUGGUCGGGAGUUCUUGGAUGGUUCGCCGCUAUGACACCCAUCGCUUUAAUUCCCGGAUACUUUCUUUACUAUCUCAUCAGAAACUGGAAAACACAGACUUUUAGAGAGAUGUUUAAACCAGCAAAAGAAUGGGGGCCGUUUAAUUCAGAGCAUCGUGAAGGCAUUUACGCUCGGCACGUAGAGAUGAAAGAUACGAAUAUAGAACACGAUGGUGGCAAAGUCCUUGAAGCUAAAAUCGAGAAUGGUUUAGAUAGUGGAGUUGCAAAUGAAGGAUUCGAUAAUAAAGAAUAGGGGCACGGUGGCGGCUGCAGAAUUGUGUAUUCGGAGGAGCGACCCCCGGUAAAAAAUUGUAUUUAAAGGACUUAAAUUUUGAUUAGAUAGAUGUGAUCACACAAUUGCAGAAUAUAACAAACAUGUCUUUAGACAACUUUACAAACAUUACGAUCUGAUACUUUGAUAGUAUUUACAAUAAAAAAGUUAUGUAGUAAAUCU